AUGAGUCAAAACCUCGUCAAGGCAAAGUUGCACUGUUAUGGCGACAACGACUGCUUCCCCGAUAUCCGAUCGACGAACGCAUCGGACCUCGACACCAACAUCAAGAUAUGUCAGAGUCAGCCCGAGAAGCGCUAUGGGGCUCAGCUCCGGGUUGCGACGGUGACAGCGCAGUUUGGGCAGCCGGAGGACCAUUACAAGCGUGCUUUGCGCACCCAUUUGCGACAUAGCCUUAUGCAUCAGUCUGAAGUCCACGUGCUCUGUGCCGAGAUUGUGGACGACUUGUGGAACAAGCCGGCUUUUAUACUCGAGCUCCUCUUAUCGGAAAUGGAGAAGCCUGAGGACGAACGCCUUGAAUGGCUGUUCUGGGUAGACAGGGAUAGCAUCAUCCUCGACAACUGCCGAUCGCCUUCAAGCUUUCUCCCACCGGCAGCAAAGUGGCCUCCGAGUGAAGCCGCCGAACAGGCGGAUGGAGUGGAGCGGCCCGGAAUCAACCUUGUUGCGACGAAGGACUGGAAUGGGCUGAAUAACGGCAUCUUCCUCUUGCGCGUCAGCCGCUGGAGCGUUGACCUGUUUGCGGCCAUCUUGGCACUGAGAUACUUCAGGCCUGGCGUGGAUCUUCCUUUCACAGAGCAAAGCGCGAUGGCCAUGCUAAUGCAAGAAUUCCAGUUCGCGAAACAGGUGGCAUGGGUGCCGCAAUGGUGGUUCAACGCAUACCCCAGGCCGGAAGAGGACUUUGACGAGGCGAACCUUGACUUGCUGGAGGAACACCACGCCAGGAGGGGAGACUUCUUGGUGCACUUUGCUGGGUUGGGCAACCGAGCCGAGGCAAUGCCGGUUUGGCUGGACGUUGCCGAAGAUGACUCAAGGCAAUGGAGCGUCGGUACACCACUGAGGGAUGUUGACAGUGGUAUCAGGCAGUAUUGGAGGGGUAGAAUGAAUGCUGCCUGAGGGUGAUUAGCAUGAAUUCCAAGACACUAUGAUUCUCAGAAUAGAUCUAUAUGCUUUCG